UUUGGUGGGUGGAAGGAAUCAGGCUCAAGGAAGCUUUGGGGAGGAAGAAGUGGCCAAGCUAGGCUGUGAAGCAUGAGUGGGAGUUAGCUAAACCAGCUAGGAGUGCCAUUUUGACCAAAGCCCCUAAGGCGAGAAGGCCUUGUGGUACCCACCUGUUUUGUAAACAGAGGCAGAUAAGAGUAACCUCAGGGUGACACAGUGGAGAUGAUUUUUUUUAUCCUCCACACUGGUGAAGGAAGGAGAAAGUUUUUAAGCUGAGCACAGAUGGCGUCAGAUUAGCCGUUUGGAAAGAUUGUGCCUGUAGUGGUGUGGGAUUAAAAGUAGGGAAGGCCCAGCCACUUGUCCUGGCAGCUUUGUGUCUGCCUGUGACUCCAAAAGGAAAAUGACGGCUUCGUAGAGGCAGGCAUUUGAAUCCAAAUCUGGAAGCCUAAAGAGCACUCUGAGAAGGCAUGAGGAAACCAGAUCAUUCCAGGCAACCUUCUCUCUUAAAAAGCGUCUUCAAGGAUGUACUGUAUAUGCCUGACUACUAGGCAGGAUUCCCCCCAGAGUAUCCCUCUGAAAAGAGGGUGGUACCACAUGUUCAAGUCUCUCCUGUUACAGGCACUGUAAUUACUCUUUCCAACAACAAGAUGCUGUUUGGGAAAUACAUAUUGGACUGAAACAAUCUCAGUCAUUGCUAGUUCGGGAUAUUUAUACCACCAAUGUAUCAACAGUAAGUGAUAAAUUUGAAAAGUUCUGCCACCUGAAUCGGUAUUGAUGGCUUGCGUUGAGAUUUCCAGCGAGAGCAUCAAGUGCUGUAUCAUAGAUGAUUUGGUAGGAGCGAAGAUGGUGUGUUCUGGAAAAUGGAAUUUGAUGAUUCAGAGUGGCUUCAGUGACUACAGAGACACUGGUGUUGAAGAUGGAGAAUGAUAAACAUAGGAAACCAUAUCCCCCUUAUUCUGAGAGCACAGCAUCCUGUUUCUUCUGUCUACAGUGCUUGUAAAUGGAGCCCACGUGAAAGGCAAUUGAAAAGUCGAUCUUCAGAUUGUGUUUUAAAAGAGUUACCAUGAAUCAGUUUGGAAGGAUUAUUUAUUUGCAGAUGAUUCUGGAACAACUUGUUUGCUGCAGUAUCUGGGUCAUGAAACGGGUGCGCACCGAGCAGAUUCAGAUGGCCGUGUCCUGCUACCUCAAACGCCGGCAGUACGGGGACGCAGACGGCUCACUGAAGCAAGGCCUGCGGCUGUCGCAGAGCGCCGAGGAGAUGGCCACCAGCCUCGCAGUCCAAUCAGAAUCUGGUUGUGCCAACAUAGUGUCUGCGGCCCCUUGCCAGGCAGAGCCCCAGCAAUAUGAAGUGCAGUUCGGACGGCUGCGGAAUUUCCUCACCGAUUCUGAAUCCCAGCACAGCCAUGAAGUGAUGCCUCUCCUCUACCCCCUCUUUGUCUACCUCCACCUCAGCCUGGUCCAGAGCAGUCCCAAGAGCACGGCGGAAAGCUUUUACAGCCGCUUCCAUGGAAUGUUUCUGCAGAAUGCCAGCCAGAAGGACGUCAUCGAGCAGCUGCAGACCACCCAGACCAUCCAGGACAUCCUGUCUAACUUCCGGCUGCGGGCCUUCCUGGACAACAAGUACGUGGUCCGCCUGCAGGAAGACAGCUACAACUACCUUCUCCGCUACCUCCAGAGUGACAAUAACACCGCGCUGUGCAGAGUCCUCACCUGGCACAUCCACCUGGAUGUGCAGCCCGCCAAGAGGACGGACUACCAGCUCUACGCCAGCGGCGGCCCCUCCCGGGGCGAGGGCGGCGGCCUGGAGCCUGCCGACGUGCCCGCGCCCAUCCUGCAGAACGAGGCCGCGCUGGAGGUCCUGCAGGAGAGCAUUAAGCGUGUCAAGGACGGCCCCCCCUCUCUCACCACCAUCUGCUUCUACGCCUUCUACAACACGGAGCAGCUGCUGAACACGGCGGAGGUCUCCCCGGACAGCAAGCUGCUCGCCGCUGGCUUUGACAACUCCUGUAUAAAACUGUGGAGUCUGCGCUCCAAGAAGUUAAAAUCCGAACCGCAUCAAGUAGACGUGUCCCGCAUCCACUUGGCUUGUGAUAUCUUGGAGAAGGAGGACAACGAGGACGAUAACGCAGGCACGGAGAUGAAGGUCCUGCGGGGACACUGCGGGCCAGUGUACAGCACCAGGUUCCUUGCGGACAGCUCAGGGCUGCUCUCCUGCUCUGAGGACAUGUCCAUCAGGUACUGGGACCUCGGCAGCUUCACCAACACCGUGCUGUACCAGGGCCACGCCUACCCCGUGUGGGACCUGGACAUCAGCCCGCACAGCCUGUACUUCGCCAGUGGGUCCCACGACCGCACGGCCAGGCUGUGGUCGUUUGAUCGGACGCACCCGCUACGCAUCUACGCCGGGCACCUGGCAGACGUGGACUGCGUCAAGUUCCACCCCAAUUCAAACUACUUAGCCACGGGCUCGACCGACAAGACGGUCCGGCUGUGGAGCACCCAGCAGGGGAACUCGGUGAGGCUCUUCACGGGCCACCGCGGCCCCGUGCUCUCUCUGGCGUUUUCCCCCAACGGUAAGUACUUGGCAUCGGCGGGCGAGGACCAGCGGCUGAAGCUGUGGGACUUGGCGUCCGGGACCCUCUACAAAGAGCUUCGGGGCCACACGGACAACAUCACCAGCCUCACCUUCAGCCCGGACAGCAGCCUGAUCGCGUCGGCGUCCAUGGACAACUCGGUGCGCAUCUGGGACAUCAGGAGCGCGCACUGCAGCGCACCCGCUGACGGCUCGUCCAGCGAGCUCGUGGGCGUCUACACCGGCCAGAUGAGCAACGUGCUGAGCGUGCAGUUCAUGGCCUGCAACCUCCUGCUGGUGACCGGAAUCACACAAGAAAAUCAGGAACAUUGAUUUUUAUCUUUGAUGUAACGGACUGGGGCGUGCGAAGGGCUCCAGACGACAAGUCUUAGGACAGACGUAUGAAAUCACUGACUGACUGUGAAGGACUCCCCGCGUCCCCACGCAUCCCCCCUCGCGCCCCCACGCAUCCCCCCUCGCGCCCCCUCGUCCCGCGGACAUCCCAAGCCCGCCACCCUUUGCUCAGCCCCCAAGUGUGGAGGGACGGGGGGAGGAAGGGCGGUGACGGGGAACGAACGUGAGAUCAAGAAUCACGGAGAUCCCGCGGUGUCCCCCUGCCGGCCCCUUCCUGUGUCUGGAGCCAAGAUGCCCUCACCUCGCCGGGGCUGCACUUGGCCAGAGGAGGUUUGCUGGGCGCCCUCCCCAGGAGCAGUGCUGCAGGGUCACUGGGUGGAAGGGACUCUAUCUGGGUAGAAUUCGGGGGCGGGAACGAGGGAAGGGGGCGGGGUCAUCCUGUCAAAUGUCUUUCCUUUUUCGUGGUUACAGAGAACCAGGAUUUUUUAUUAUAAUUAUAAUUAUUAUUAUUAAGGAGAAGAGGAAACCUAGCACCGGCAGAGGCCCUUCUCUGCUCUCAUCUUUCAGGUUUUACUCCUGGCACUGGCUGUGAUACUUGGAAUUUUGAGGUUCAGGGAGUUCAGAGAAUUUGGUCGUACAGUGUAUUGGGAGAAAGGGAAAAUUUCUGGGUGACAGAUUGAUCACUCCAGCUGACAUGUUUCCAGAAGUGGGUGGGUGGAUUUGAUUGAGAAAGUCUUGGGCUCUUGCAGUGAUGGUGGGAUAGAUUCUUUUCGUGGCUGCACUUCUAUUAACAGUUCUCUCCCCUGAAAGGACAGAUUGUGGUAAAGAAAUGAAAAUAAUUGGAAGUGAGAAGUCAAAAGAUAGAAUUAGAAAAUGUUGAAUUUCCGAAUGAUUCUGAGGUGUGGCUCUUCCAGCAUCUUUUCCCCCUGAGAUCAUCCCUCCCACCUCCUGCUUUGCAAUAGCAGUUUAAUGAACAGUCUGUGAAACAAAUCUUAAGUACAAACACACACGUCGAAAACUACGCUCUGAAGAUAAAGCAACUUCUAAUUUGUGGAAAAAGGAUUAAAUAUUUCUGUUUUCUGAAAA